CAUAACUGUAUUAGAAGCUGACGCAUUCAGUGACACUGGGAUCGAACCACGAUAUACACUCAAAGAUGAAGUACACUCUUGUGCUCAUAUUGCUGGUAGCGAUCACCUUCAAUCACCAGACUGAGGGUUUGGGACGACGGAGGCGGAGGAAUACCAACAAUAAAGAUGCAGGAAUGCUCGACAAGCGAGAUCUGUCCGAGUUUGACACCAACAAGGACGGACAUGUGGACGAGGCUGAACUAGAAAACUUGUUUAACACGCGGGAGGCUCGGGAUAUCUUGGAGAGAGCUGGUGGAAAAGACGGAAACAACACCAUGACUUUGCAAGAGUUCCAAAAAUUUAUUAAAUAUAUAUACAAAUUGGAAUAAAUAAACCAG